AGAGAGAGAGAGAAAGAGAGAGAGAGAGGUAAAUGCGGAUCUUCUUCCUUCAUUUGGCUUCUAUUCUGCUUUAGGACUAAAUCAGCGAAAUGACAUAAGACACUUUUCCCUGAAAAGUUCGCAGCAGAGAAAGAGUCCGGAGGAGCCCGCCACUUGUCUUCUUGCGGAAGUUGCUCCAGGCGAAGUCUCGCCAGUCUGCGCGCGCUAUGGCGUCGCGGUUCCAUCGCCUUUUCGCUCACCUCCAUCUGGAGCUCCAAAUGAACGAGCCGCGAUAGGAGCAGCGCGUGUGGGCCUGACGACGACCUCGCGUGUUUGGUCACCGCCGCGUCAUUUGAUGAAAAGCCCGCAGCUUUUGUUUUGGAGGCGCUAUCGAGGGCUUCGCGCACCUGUCUGUGACUCAACCAUGUUCUCCUGUGGGAAGUACUGCCUGCUUCUGGUCCUGCUCACCAAAAGUAACCUGGGCGACCAAGGAGUCUCAAACCAAGUGAUUCUUUUGGACACGACAGCAGUACUAGGGGAACUGGACUGGAAGACCUAUCCUGUCAAUGGGUGGGAUGCAAUCACUGAGAUGGAUGAACAGAACAGACCAAUCCACACCUUCCAAGUUUGCCAUGUAAUGGAGCUAAACCAAAACAACUGGCUUCGAUCUGGAUGGAUACAACGGCAAGCCGCACAAAGGGUAUAUGUGGAGCUUCGUUUCACUCUGAGAGACUGCAACUCCAUUCCUUGGGUGUCUGGCACCUGUAAGGAAACUUUCAACCUCUUCUACCUACAGACAAAUGAACCGCUGCCUUCAGGGACACGUUUUCGGCCCACAGACUAUGCCAAGGUUGAUACCAUUGCAGCAGAUGAGAGUUUUACUCAGACAGAUCUUGGAGAUCGUGUUCUCCGUCUCAACACUGAAGUCAGGGAGGUGGGCCCAUUGGCACAGAGGGGUUUCUACUUGGCCUUCCAGGAUGUUGGUGCUUGUAUCGCGCUUGUCUCUGUUAAGGUUUUCUACAAACGCUGCCCAUCAACUCUACGAAAUCUGGCGGUAUUUCCUGACACUGUACCACAUAUGGACUCUUCUUCUCUGGUGGAGGUUAAGGGCUCCUGUGUCGAAAACGCAGAAGAGAAAGACACACCAAAAUUAUACUGUGGUGCUGAUGGAGACUGGUUGGUGCCACUGGGUCACUGCGUAUGUAGCCUUGGCCAUGAGGAAAUGGAUGGCUACUGUCAGACGUGUAAGCCUGGUUUCUUCAAGCCGUAUCCAGGUAACAUGAAAUGCUCCCAGUGUCCACUACAUAGCUCCAGCCAUGACCAGGCCGCCACCAUGUGCCACUGUGAAAAAGGCUUCUACAGGGCGAACAAGGACCCCUCUACCAUGGCGUGUACAAGACCUCCGUCAGCACCCAGGAACCUGCUGUCAUUAAUCAAUGACACGGCACUUUUCCUCCAGUGGAUGCCUCCAAGUGACACAGGAGGCCGCAGUGACAUCACCUACAAUGUCCUGUGCCAGCGCUGCAAUAACGACACCGGCGGGAUGCAGUGUGAUCCUUGUGAGCCGGACCUGAGAUUCAUCCCGCGGCCAUUGGGUCUGACUGGGAUCUCUGUGGCCAUACUCGAUUACGCAACACCCGCCAAUUAUACAUUCAUUGUGGAGGCUGUGAAUGGCGUAUCUGGGUUGGGUGUGGCUUCACGUGCGCUGAUAAACGUCACUGUCAAUACACACCAAGCUGGUCCUGCCUUGGUGGGUGUCAUCAAGAAGGACUGGUCCUCCGAUAACAGCAUUGCCCUCUCCUGGACAGAAGAGGAACAUCCACCAUUAGACAUUGUGGAUUAUGAAGUCAAAUACUAUGAGAAGGAACAGGAGCAGCUGAGCUACUCGUCAACACGGACUAAGAGUCCUAGUGUGGUGGUAACAGGUCUCAGACCCUCAACUGUCUACAUCUUCCAUGUGCGCGCACGAACAACCGCUGGCUACACUGCAUACAGCUCAAACUUUGAGUUCUCGACUGCAGCUGAAGAUCCUGAUGUCGCUGAUCAGGGUCAAGUGUUGGUUGUUGUCACGGCGUCCGUUGGUGGCUUCUCACUGUUGGUCAUCCUCACCCUCUUCCUCCUCAUAACUGGACGGUGUCAGGGCUAUAUCAAAGCCAGGAUGAAGUCACAGGAAAAGAGGAGGACACGUUUCCGUAGUGGCCACGUUCCAUUCUCUGGCAUAAAGACAUAUGUGGAUCCGGACACGUAUGAAGACCCCACUCAGGCUGUGGAGGAAUUUGCUAAGGAGAUAGACCCCUCAUCUAUAUGCAUCGACAGGGUGAUAGGCACAGGGGAGUUUGGAGAGGUCUGCAGUGGUCGUUUGCGCAUACCUGGAAGGCUGGACAUUGCUGUGGCAAUAAAAACCCUGAAAGGUGGCUACAUGGAGCAUCAGAGGCGAGACUUUUUGCGUGAAGCGUCAAUCAUGGGACAGUUUGAUAGCCCCAACAUCAUCAGGCUGGAGGGAGUGGUCACUAAAAGCAGGCCAGUGAUGAUAGUGGUGGAGUACAUGGCAAAUGGAGCACUUGACUCUUUCCUUCGGACACGAGAUGGUCAAUUCACCGUGCUCCAGCUCGUGGGGAUGAUGCGCGGCAUCGCAGUGGGCAUGGCCUACCUCUCAGACAUGGGUUACGUUCACAGAGACCUGGCGGCUCGCAACAUUCUGGUCGAUGAAAACUUGGUGUGUAAGGUUUCUGACUUUGGCAUGUCCAGAGUUAUGGAAGAAGACACAGACGCAGCAUACACUGCCACGGUGAAUUCUUACUUUUACCAUCAGGGAGGCAAGAUACCGAUACGCUGGACAGCACCAGAGGCAAUUGCUUAUGGAAAGUUCUCCUCAGUCAGCGAUGUCUGGAGUUUUGGCAUCGUCAUGUGGGAGGUGAUGUCAUAUGGCGAGAGGCCGUACUGGGAGAUGUCCAAUCAGGAUGUCAUUUUAUCAAUGGAAGAGGGAUAUCGAUUACCUGCUCCAACGGGCUGCCCGGUGACGCUGCACCAGCUGAUGUUACACUGCUGGCAGAAGGAGCCGAGUCAGCGCCCACGGUUCAACAAUGUGCUCUGUUUCCUCGACAAACUCAUCAUCAACCCCAGCGGUCUCCUCACUCUCGUGAACGCGUCACACAACCCUGUAGGUGCAGCACUAUCUGCUGGAUCCACUUGGUCACUGCACCACAUGGCUCCAAUGCAAAUGGACUGUAAUGGCGAAAAGAGAAAAGCGUUAUUAUCAGAUUUUCCUGAUUCUCCUGAUGACAUGCCCGACUACCCUCUCUUCAUCUCUAUCGGGGACUGGCUUGAUUCUAUCAAAAUGAGCCAGUACAAAAACAACUUUAUUGCAGCAGGAUAUACAACGCUGGAUUCCAUUUCAACAAUGAGCAUAGAUGACAUCAGGAGAAUUGGGAUCUGUUUGAUUGGCCACCAGAGGAGAAUCAUAAGCAGCAUACAGUCUCUGCGCCUGCAGUUUCACCAUAUCCAACAUAGUGGCUUCCAAGUGUGAGGCCAUCAAACAAAGUCAGACUGUGUGCAUACAUUUGAUAAUUUGCACACCACACUGCAGGAUUUAGAAGUGCCACACGGCUGAAGAGAGAAAUCUGGACCUUGACAACGUGGAGUCCGGUGAACACCUUGUCAAUGCUGCCACUCAACAACAUCUGAUAACCUCAGUCAGCUCUAGCGAAAUGCCCAUUAGCUCAGCAAAUACAGUAUUAGCACUCAUUUGAAUUUUAAGACUUAAAAGUAUUUUUCUCCUGUGAUGAUCCAAGUGCCAGUCAAUGCCUCUCUGCUCUUUCUAAGUGACAAUCCAGUGGUUUUGAUUGACUCAAAUCGGAUACCUCAAGACCAGAGAUAAUGUGGAGAGAACAUUUGGUAAUCUAUGCCAUAUAGUAUGUUAUUUUAGUUUAAAAAUAAUAUCGGUAGUUUAUUAAACAUUUCACCAAGAAUCAAAAUUGACAAAAUGGUAAACGCAAUCCUCUUUUUGAACUGAAGACGACCGAAUGUCAAAAGAUUUUAUAGAAAUGUGUUCUAUCCUCAUAGUAUUGCAAAGUGUCUUGUACUGAAAGUCACGUGAAAGGUGUGU